CGUUUAUCAUGUUGACCAAGGGCUUGAUGCAGGUCCAUCGCACCCUUGGAGAUCAAUAUGCCCUUCGCCGUGCUGUCACCUAACUCUCACCUUGUCAGACUCUUGAAUGUCAGACACAACGCGUCUGGUGCGAUGGUCAUUUGAGGCGCAAUAAGUCUGGUAACUUUGCCUCUGUCAAUUUGCGCCGUGCUGAAUCCAAAUCUCAUUUUUGUUGAGCUUUCAGCGCCUUCGAAAUGCCUUCUGCGCACGAUUUAUUGGCCUUAACAUGCCUCGAUCCCCUGGCAGUCCUACGUCCAACAUUCAAGACCAAUGUCCGGGGACCCGAGUAAUGCUACAUGUCUUCAAGUUGCCGCCGUAUGAACAAAUAAUUGUCGCCUCCACCAUAUACGUGCCAAAGUCGUUUUUUUGCGCCACAUACUUAUGCUAGUGCAGUCUUGAAUCUCGCUGCCCCACCACAACUCCGGCGGGACUUAGGCUAAACCUCCCCUGGGGAUUUGACGGAAGUCCGACUGCCACGCGUUGCUGCCCGACGCCGUGGUGCGCAUUCACGCUGUUUUGCGCUGCGCUUAUCCUUGUGUUGUUAUGGAGAACAUUUGGUAAAAUUGCGCGCUGCGGGGUCACGGAUGCAAUCAAACACGUCCCAGCGAUUUCCUCGCGUCAACCGGAACUUUGUGCCGUGAUGUGGGUGCCGCAGAUAAGAUGCCCCCGAUCGUGCAAGUGCUGUAUAAUGUACCUUUCUGGUUCGGUUUACAUUGCUGCCAUGUGUCGUUUUUCCGCUUGUAGCUUCUCCUCUUCCAAAAAGCGUACCAAGAUGAGCCGUGCGCUAUAUAUACCGCAGCCUCAAAGCCCGUCACUCACUCAUAUCUUGAAUACUCCCGCUCUCCCAAUCUUACUUGCGCAGGCCUGGCAUGGCCAUCGAGAUAUUUGCUAGCACGCCCCAGAGCGAACCCUUCAUUCGCCCCAAGUUUGACGUCUCUAAGCCGACGACCGCAGAACAAGGCUACCUGCAAACCCUGCCCGACCUCGUCGAGCUCAACGCGACGUACAAUCGGGACCACCUGUUCUGUGCACAGUACGGUCACGACAUCCAUGCCCCACCGCACUUCAUCACCCACGGCGACCUCUACCAGGCCGUUCUACGCUCUUCGGCAUGGUUAGCAUCGCAAGGUCUGGCGCAGCGGCCGCAACAUGUUGGUGGCAAGGUCGUCAAGUCACGCCCGGUUGCAAUGCUGAUGUCGAGCGAUGUAACGUGGUUCAUCAUCUUCUUGUCCCUGCUCCGUCUGGGCGUUCCGGUGCUGUGCAUGUCUGCACGGCUUUCCCCGCAGGCAGUUGUGCAUCUUGUCAAGAAGACUGACGCAAAGGCAAUUCUCGCAUCUCCGCAGCUCGAUUCCUGGCCACUGACCGGCGAGUACGAGGGACCCGUACCCAUUUUUCAUCAAGUGCCACCAUACGCAGAGUUCCUGGAUCCCUCCAGUAGUUUGGAUCCCGACAGCGUGCCUCCGCCGCCGAGAUAUGUCGACAACGAGGACCGUAACGUCGUUAUCUUGCACUCUUCCGGGACGACCGGUCUGCCGAAGCCGAUCUUUCAUUCACAUGCAUACCUUCUUGGGUACUGCGCAUGUCAUCAGCUCACCCCCGAGCAGGUACAAGAUGCCGUAAACGUCUCCACACUUCCGCUGUUUCACGGUUUCGGGCUUCUUGCGCCUAGUCUAUCUCUGUCCAUUGGAUUACCUUUCGCCUUGCCCGCUUCAACGACUAUCCCGACUGGGACUUCUACCUACGAGAUCCUCCGAUUGUCUGGUGCGACUUCGCUCCUGACCGUCCCGUCUAUCCUCGAGGAAAUCUACUUGUUAGACGACAACAGAGGCGUCGAGGCGCUGAAGCGCCUGAAUUUCGUUGCGGUCGGAGGUGCUCCCAUGAAGCUCACCGUCGCUGAGGCCUUAUCUACCGCGGAUGUCCCGAUCCUCAACCACUGGGGCGUCACAGAAAUCGGCGCCAUCGCGCCCAUCGUCAUCCCGGGGGCCGAUUACGACUGGCACUAUCUGCGCGUACGGGACGACCUAGACCUGCGUUUCGAGCCGCUCUCGGGCGAGCAGGCGGGCUUCUUCCGCCUGACAGGCCGCCCGCCGCUGGCUGCCGACGACUUCGCUGUGCAGGACCUCCUGGUAUGCAACCCCACCAAUCCCACACGCGAGUUCCGCAUCGCGGGGCGCGCCGACGACCUCAUCGUGCUCGCGACGGGCGAGAAGGUGCGUCCACACGCGCUCGAGCAACGCGUCGCAGAGCACCCGUUCGUGCGCGGCGCGCUGGCAUUCGGCGACGGCCGCUUUCAGCUCGGGCUCCUCGUCGAGGCUGCGCCGCACGUACCGCUCGACGUCACCGACGCAGCCGCUGUGCGCGCGUACGUCGACGCGGUCUGGCCUGCCGUCGCCGCGGGCAACGAGGGCACGGACCACCACGCACGGGUCUCCCGCGAGAUGCUGGUCGUGACGCAUCCCGCCGUGCUGCCGCUCGUGCGCACGCCCAAGGGCAGCAUCCCCCGCGGGCCGAACGUGCAAGUGUUCAAGGAGCAGAUUGACGCACUGUACGCGCGCGCGGACGUGGCGGAAGCGGAACCACUCCCGCUCGGCGAACCCGAGGAGCUGAGGGCCGUAGUACGGAGAGCAGUGCUCGCGGCGUACACGACCCCUCGUGCCCUCGCCGACGCCGAAGACUUGUUUGAGCGCGGCAUGGACUCGCUCCAGGCGACGAUGCUGCGGCGCCGGCUCAACGCUGCGGUUGCGCUGGCUGCGAAAGAGACGGGCAAGACCAUCAUGCCCCUACCCCUCGACGUCGUCUAUGCAAACCCGUCGAUCGAGCUGUUGUACAAUGCCAUUCGUGUGCAUUGCGGCGAGGGAAGUAUGACGCAGGACCGGAUUGUGCACAUGAAGAGCGUCGCGGCGGAGUACGUGCAGAAAGUCUCUCAGCUGCGUCCCGCGACCGAGGUUGGACUGGUUUCCGCCAACGGUGAGGGUGCGGUUGUACUCCUCACCGGCAGUUCGGGCAGCCUUGGUAGUGCAAUUCUCUACGAGCUCGCUUCCUCCCCCGACGUCACGAAGGUGUACGCGCUUAACCGUGUAGGCAGAAAGCCCCUUCGCGAGCGUCAGGAGGAGAGCCUGCAGAAGCUCGGCGUGAAAAUGGACGGUUUGUGGGAGAAAGUCGAGCUACUUGAGGGUGAUCUCGGCACCGAACAAUUCAAGCUGAGUGAGGAGACGUACACUGCGCUUCGGCAGGUCUCGCACAUCAUCCACAACGCCUGGCCGAUGGACUUUAACCGCUCCCUGACCUCCUUCCGCCCGCACCUCGAGGCCUCGAAGCACGUUCUGCAGCUCGCACUCGACAGCACAUCCACCACGCCCGUCAAGCUCCUCUUCUCGUCGUCCAUCGCCGUCGUUGGGCGGUACCCGCUGGUGACGGGCUCUUCUGCGCCGAUCCCCGAGACACCGCUCGCGGACCCACGCGCCGUCGACCACUUUGGGUACGCCGAGGCCAAGUGGGUGUGCGAGCAGAUGUUCGCGCGUGCGGCAGAGCAGUUCGCAGACCGGGUGGUCGUGAACAGCGUACGCAUCGGGCAGAUGACGGGUGCCGAGGCGACAGGCGCGUGGAACGCUGCGGAGCACUUUCCGAUGAUCGUCAAGUCCUGCAGGGCCGUCGGGCGGGUGCCGGCCAUCGAAGGGCACGCCUCCUGGGUCCCGGUCAAUCGCGCCGCCAAGGUCAUGUCCGAGCUCCUCUUCGGUGCACGCACGUCUGGUACGCUGCACAUGGAGAAUCCCUCGCGCCAGCCAUGGACCGUCAUCCUGCGCGUCAUCGCUUCUGCGCUCGGCGUCCCGUCUGACGAGUUUCCGCCAUACGCCGAGUGGCUGCAGAAGGUCAAGGCAGACUCCGACGCCGCGACGAACCCGUGCGUGAAGAUCAUACCAUUCCUCGAAGACGAGUUUCUGCGGAUGGCGACGGGCCAGGUCGUCCUGGACACGGCGAAAGCACGGGAGCUCUCGCCAACGCUGGACGCUUCUGUUGCCUUGAGCGAGGAGCACAUCAGGGCAUACAUCGAGUAUUGGAAGCAGGAACAGCUUUCAUAGCUGCUCAGCGAUGCAAAGCUACCCUAGUCGUAAAAUCCCUUGUGGUGUUUAAUUCACUUCAUAGUUACAAGGACAGUUGUACAAUAAUAUACAUUCAAUUUUGAUUUUGCAGAACUAUCACGCCAGGACCUCUUCCAAGAUGCUGAUAAUCUUCUGCACCUCUUCAACGGUAUUGUAGUGGACAAGGGAGAUGCGGACGACUGCGUCAUCAAUGUCGAUCUUCGGGCUGAGCGCGUCGACAAGCGUGUAAGCGUAGAAGUGGCCGUUGCGUAUGCCAAUCUGCAAGGACGUCAGCAACCUGC